AUGCCCACCCGCGGCUUGCCCUACCAGUGUGCCGAAUGCGGCCGGUGCUUCCGCCGCAACACCGAGCUGGUGACCCACCAGCGGCUUCACACUGGCCGCCUGCCCUUUCAGUGCGGCGAUUGCGGCAAGAGCUUCUCGUGGAGCUCCCACUUUGCCCGGCACCUGCGGAUCCACACGGGCGAGAAGCCCUACCCCUGCAACGAGUGCGGCAAGCGCUUCAGCCGCAGCUCCCACCUCUACCGGCACCAGCGCACCCACGGCACCAAUGCGGCCGCCAACGUCACCCGGGCCUACAUCUGCACCUACUGCGGGCGCAGCUUCAGCACGACGCUGCACUUCGACCAGCACCAGCGCACCCACCGGGGCCGCAAGCCCUACAAGUGCACCCUCUGCGGCAAGGCCUUUGCCGACGGGCUGGCUCUGGUGAAACACCAGCGCUUGCACCUGAUGGGGGGCGACCAGAGCCACCAGUGUCCCGAGUGCGGGCAAAGCUUCGGGGGGCGCUCGCAGCUGGCCCGCCACCGCCGGCUCCACGGCACCGCCGACAAGCCCUACGGCUGCGGGGAGUGCGGGGAAAGCUUCGGCACGCGCAGCCAGCUGGCCCAGCACCGGCAGCUCCACCUCUCUGCCGACAAGCCCUACCACUGCGGGGAGUGUGGGCUGAGCUUCACCUGGAGCUCACACUGGGAGCGGCACCGGCGCAUCCACACCGGCGAGAGGCCCUACUCCUGCGGGGACUGCGGCAAGCGCUUUGGGCGCACCUCCCACCUCUACCGGCACCAGCGCACUCACGCCGGGGGCCAGCCUCACGUCUGCCCGGACUGCGGCAAGAGCUUCAACAGCACCUUGCAUUUCCAGCGUCACCAGCACACCCACCAUCUCGACCCAGACGGCGCUCAGCUCCCCGCCCACUCCUGUGGAGACUGUGGCAAGCCCUGCGCCGACGCCUCGGCCCGGCUCAAACGCCAGUGUGGGCGGGCGGGCGAGAGGCCGUACCCCUGCCCCCAGUGUGGGCGCCGCUUCCGCAGCACCUCCCACCUUUACCGGCACCUCCGCAGCCACGCCCACCGGGCAGGGGAGACUGUGCUCAUACCAGCUUCCACACAAUGCAAGAAGAUUGAACCAUGCUAA